GAAUCAGAGAUCCCAGAGAGCCAUUGGAGACUCUGCAAGUUGAUUCCAGGUGGAAUAUACAGCAAGCAACCAGGCUUGGAUAGUCCGGGACACCUUCGGUCGCAAAUUGGAUCUGUCCUCACUACUCUCUUCCCAGGCGCGAGAGUAACUCUCCUCCCCGUCUUCACUCUCCCUCCUGCUGCCGCAAAUGUCGGACUCGGUCUUGAAGCGGAAGCGCGACCAGGAGGAUGGCGGCGCGGCUACAGCAUCGCCGGCCCCGGCUACUCGCGUGCAGACGCCGGAUCCGCUCUCGGCAUCGACAGCUGAUCAGACUGUGAAGCUGCUGGCGUCGCAGUGGGUUGUCGUCGAUGAUUCGGUGGUCGAGAAGAUUGCGAAUAAUGAUUUGGAGUCAAUAACGAAUGCUGUCCGCGAAAUCAUCAGCCAGUCUGAGAUCGAGAAACUGCUACUACUCGUACACGAACUCACGCUAUCAGCAGUCGUCGAACGGAUAUCAUCCGAUUCAGCAAUUCAGGUCUUUACAUCUCUGCUUACCCUCGAGAGCGCAGACUCUGUAGACAUGCCAUCAAUCCUCAUCGACACCUUCGCCUCCUUUGCAUAUUCACCAACCCUGCAUCUACUUCUCAAAUCGCUUCCUCUCGAACCGUCGCUGAUCCAGACUCGUCUCGAGCCCUCGGUUCUAAGCUCGACCGAAUGGAACAUCCCGAUGCUCGAGAAACGCGUCGUUCGCGCAAACACCGCGAUGCUCUACAAACAGAAGCGAUUCAACCUGCUUCGCGAAGAAUCAGAAGGCUACGCAAAGCUCAUUGUCGAGAUCCACAGCGCGUCCUACGCUCCAAAUAAAAUGAACCUCGUCGAGAAAACCGCACAGACUAUUAUUUCGCUCAUUGGAUAUUUUGACCUGGACCCGAACCGCGCGCUCGACAUCUUCCUCGACAUUUUCUCCGCCAACGUCGUAGCGCAUGUUCAGUUCUUCCUAGCAGUGCUAAAGAUCUCGCCUUGGUGGCCAGCUGUGCCGUCGACGGCGAACAGCAUAUCUGAUAUAGGACAGGGUGGUAACCCACUAGCUGCCUCUCUUCUCGGAUUCAAGCUGCAGAUGUACACCGAGCUCGAGGAGACCGCGCCAGAGAAUCUGAUAGUUACGAUCGCGGUGCUGAUCAAAGAAGGCUUUAUCAGCCUAGGCGAUCUGUACCCUCACCUCUCACCUUCCGACGACGAUCUGCUCAAGGAGAAAGAUUCUUGGUCGAAAGAACUCGAAAAGACGGCCUACAUGGCCACUGCCUCGGCGCUGGCGUUAGCAAUGCCUUUAACCGAUGACACUCCAGGUCCGCGCGAUCGCUCGAGCCAAACGAAAGAGAAAGAAUCAGAAAAGGAGGCCGAGAAAGAAAAAGAGCAAAAGCAGGUUAUACCUCAAAAGCCUCAGCUCGUGGCCGCCCUGCUCAGCGUCGGAUCAAUCUGGCCGGCUUUGUUUAUGCUUUCCAAGUUCCCGUUCUUACCUGGUCCAUACUCUGAAAUCGCAGACACGCUCAAUAUCUUGAUUGGAUAUGCGCUCACUCCGUUUUACGAAUCGAUCAGGCCAUUCAAGGUGUUUCUGGACCCCGAGCAAAACCGCAAGAUGCUCCCCGCCCGGCAGCGUGGGACCAAAUCUGGGUUCACGCUCGUGAUGCCGGCUCCGACUGCAUCUAGGCGGGUUCUGAGCCACCUGAAACGCUCCGAAAAGGCCGAUACGACCUACCGAGUGUUUUAUGACUCGUGGACUGAUGGUAUAAAGCGGAUCGAGAACGUUGAGGACUUGCUCUUCUACUCUGACUACCUGCUCAAAUUUGUGGGGCCACAGCUUAGUCGAGAGCCGGUGCUGUUUACACAACUUUGCCGGAUAGUGAAUCAUUUUCUCGACGAGUGCGAUAAACAGAAAGAGAAUAGCAAUUCUGAAGGUCUGAAAUACGACUCUGCGUUUUGGCUGCAGUACUUUCGUACGUACCUGCUACCCGCCGUGUCGCUGAUAGAGGAGAACCCGGGCGUUCUUCAUGAAGUGGGCACUAUCCUCUUUCAUUUUGAGUAUCCUACUCGCUACGCCACCUACGGUGAAUGGUACAACGUUCUGCCGCGCAACGUGCCUCAGCUCCGCGUCGCGGGCUCGAAGGCAGAAAAGGAGACAAAGAACGUGCUAAAACGUCUAGCGAAAGAGAACGUGCGCGAGAUGAUGCGGCAGCUUGCGCGAGUAUCUUACGCCAACCCGGUGACGUCGUUGACUGCCCUUGUAAGUCAAGUUGAGAGUUAUGACAACCUGAGCGGACUGGUGGUCGAGGCUGCUAGGUAUUUUACUUCGAUCGGGUGGGAUGCCUUGCCGUUUGUGAUUAUGAUGCAGCUCAGUUCUGGGAGAAAUACGAUACAGGGAGAUGGAAUUACCGAGCGGAAGUGGCUGCAAUCUCUCGCAUCGUUCACGGCAAAGCUUUGCAAAGAAUACUCUCUUAUGAAUCCAGUUCCCCUUCUGGAGUAUCUCCGUCGCCGACUUCAUCAAUCAAAUACCUCAGACAUUCUACUAUUGCAAGAGAUGAUUCAGCAAAUGGCGGGCGUCGCCUCGUUUGCUAACCUGAAAGAAGCCCAGAUAGAAGGUCUGAGCUGUGGCCCAAUCGUGCGUGCAGAAGUCUUGCUCACGCUCGGCGACCAGCGGCAUCUGUCACGGUCCUCUGCCUUGCGACUUGUUUCCUGUUUACAGGAGCUCGAUAUCGUGUCUGAGAUGUUUGUCUUGCUUGCGCAGCAGUACCGGACCGCGAUCUUCAGCAUCCCAGACUACCAAGCCCACACCAAAGUGCUCGGCAGCAGAUUCGACGACUUGGCUGUCAUCAUCGCACAGUACAUCGAUCUAAUCAACACCUUCCUUCUCCACGACAGCGAAGACCCCGAGCGCGGUCGCGCGCAGUUUGAAAAAUACGCGUUGUCGAUUCCUGAACUCUGCGACGACUUUGGAGUCGAUCCCGUGAUUGCGUUUACGUUUUGGCGGGAAAAGCUUGGGAUCGAUGUUCGUAAGUCUGAUGAAAGCAGAUGGGCUAGCCGACUUGAGCGACGAGAGCAAGUUCGCGCUGAGCUUCUGGAGCGGAAGCAGAAGGAGAUGAAGGCUGCUUCUGAGAAAGAGGCUGCGACAGAAGAGCAGGUCAAGGAGGAAGUUAAGGAGGUUGAGAUGGAGGAUGUGAAGCCAGAUAAGGAACAGAAAGAAGAAGGGUCGGAGAUGGAAGGCGUGGUUACUUCGGAGGUAACGGACGCGACGGUCAAGACGGAGGUUGAAGCCAAGGUUGAGGAUAGCGAGAUUGACGAGUAUUUUGACAACGAACAGCUCGAGAAGGAGGGCCCAUGGCACCCCCUCCUACACGACAUUGUCGAAAAACUGGGAGCCGGAUCUGAUGCCGCUUACUGGGAGUAUCUGAACAAAGGUCUAUUUGUGACGUUUUUCCAGCUCUCGCUCUACGACAUUCACAUCCCGAUCCAGCGGUACACGGACGAGUUCAACAAGCUAAAGUCCCGCAAUCCGCGCCAGUGCGAACAACUCCAGCAAGAAAACCGAGUUCAUAUGCUUCAUGUGGAGAGAACGCGACGACGACUACGAUUUGAGCGCGGACACUGGUUUGAGUAUUCUCCUCGGACUGCGCAGGAGUUUGCGGAUCUGGAAGAGGGUGGAGUGGACGCGAAUGCGCAGCAUACAAAGCACGAGGUCGCAGCUCAGAAGAAGCAGGUCGACGCGUUCCUGGCGCACUGCAUCAUUCCCCGCGCGCUAUACUCGCCCACUGACGCGACCUUUUGCGUCAAGUUUAUAAAGCAGCUGCACAUGCUCGGCACGCCCAAAUUCCGGACAAUCAUGGCCUUUGACGUGUUAUUUUCCGCCAACCGCCUGUUUGCGACGAUGGCGAGCUGCACGCCUAACGAGGCCGAGAACUUUGGCCGGUUCCUGAGCGAGCUGCUGGCUGAGAUCGGACGAUGGCAUGCGACGCAGGCUGUCUAUGUGCGCGAGGGCCUAGGCCGGCACGAGGCGAACGGCGAGGUGACGUUUCUUCCGGGCAUGCGGCUGUCGUCGCAAGAUAAGGUGACGACGCCGCCGCUGGACGACGUGGAUGCUGAGGCUAGGCAGUGUCAUAUGCUGACGUACUCUGCGCUGAAGAGCAUUGUGACAAAAUGGCAUGGCCAGCUUCGCGAUUGCAUGCUGCGCGCUUUAGAGAGCGAGGAUUAUAUCCACCGCCGAAACGCGUUCAUUGUGCUGCGUUCGACGAUCAAGACGUUCCCGAUAAUAAUGGCGUACGGCAACAAGAUUCUCGAGCGAGUUGAGAGAAUUUCGCAGACGGAGGAGCGCUCGGAUUUGAAGCUGACGUCGACGGCGCUGUAUGGGUUGAUGAAGCGACAGUCUUCGAACUGGGUGGACCUGCUUAGCUUCAGGUACACCGAGAAAGAGGCAAAGAUCGAGAGGGAUAAGAGACUGGCCAAGUUGAAAGCGCAGGAAGCUGCGGCGGCUGAGCGACGGAAAGCAGAGGCAGAGGCGCGUAAAGAAGCCGCAGCAGCUGAGCGGCAGAAAGCAGAGGCCGAGGCCGAGGCACGCAAAGCAACUGCUGCUGCAUCAGCAGCCCCAGCUCCGUCAGCAACGAUUGAAGAGACGGCGGCGACUGAGAAGGCAGCUGAAGUGAAGAAGAGCGGUAUUCUCGGUCACGCCGAGGUCAAGAAAUUAAACCCGGAGGCACCGUCGUUCCAGGUGUCGGCGUCCAAGACAUCAUCUGAGAACGAGAGCCCGCCAAAAGCAGCACCCAGCAAAGAAGACGGACGCACAGAAGUCAAAGGUGAAGAGGCCGCUCGGACUCGUGGAGAGACGACUUCGGCAGCAAAUAGUCCAUUGACGCCACAGCAAUCAAACGCGUCUGCGCGGGUCGGAUUGCCUCCGCAGUCAGCGGUCGUGCCGCAAGAGAAGGCAGCGGGACAACAACCCAGUACAACUGGAUCUCAACCUCUUCCUCCGGCACCUCCUCUGCGAUCACAAUCGAGUGGUGAGCGUGAGCGCCGACGAGCGCAGCCGCCGCAGCAGCAGCAGUUUUCGAUCCAAGGCGCGCAUAGAUCGGAUGGGAAUGGUGCUGCGCCAGGAGCGCAGGCAGUGCCAUCAGCGCCGCCUAGAGGACCGCGGAAUAUGGGGGCGUCGUAUGAGCCGAGUGGACGUGCUCUGAACGGUAACGGAAGUAAUAGCAACGGCAAUGGCAAUAACGCUCCGCCGGUGCAGGCAUCGCCAUCUUCUUCUUCGUCGUCGUCAGCUGCGCGCAGCGGAGCGCGAGUACCACUCCCACCUCAGCAGCAGGUGCUAGCGAAUUUACAAGGCCGACCGCCGCGCUUUGCCGGCCCCGAACCAAGCAAUGUCGCAUCUGCUUCUGGCCCGCAAUCAUCUCAAUUUUCGAUUGCAGGCGCGUCAUUGCGUGGACCGUCGCGAGGAGCCGAGAUCGAUCCUCCAGAAAGACGAGGAUCGUCUGGUCGACCUCCGUCGCAACCUUCGGCGGAGAGAGCGGUUAACGGCGGCGGACCACCUAUGAGACCGAGCAGGACAGGUUCGAGUUCUUCGUUGCGAGGUGAGGAGAGGAGUAGUAGGCCCCCUACGCAGCCGUCAUCAGCGCGUGCGUCGCCGUCGAGUUCUACGAGUAGAUUACCUCCUCCACCGCCGCCUCCUCCGCCACCACCUCCUCCACCUGUACAUUCCACGUCGAGCACCGCACCGUCGCCUCAGCAGCAGCAGUCGGAAAGUGCGACGGGCGAACGGUCAAGCCGCGAACGCGAACGAGAACGAGAACGUGAACGCGAACGGGACCGCGAACGACGUCGCCGGCGCGAACGUGAGCGCGAGCGUGAGAAACAACGCGAGGAGCGCGAGGGAUCUACGGCCGGGACCGACGACAGGGAGCGAGAGAAGCGUCAAGGCGCGAGCAGCGGUAGUAGUUCGCGGCACCACCACUCUUCCUCGUCGUCAUCGCACCAUACUAAAUCUACAGAGACAGGCGAGCGGCGGGAGCGCGACCGAGACCGCGAGCGCGAGCGCGAGAGGGAGAAAGAGCGGGAUCGGGAGCGGGAGAGGGAGCGCGAGAAGAGGAGGAAGGAGAGACAUGAGCGGGAGAGACGGGAGGGCGGGAGAAAGCAUGAGCGGGAUGAGGGCGGAUUAGGCGAGGAAGCCGGUUCCGCGGGGGAGAAAAGUCGGGAGAAAGCCGAGAAGCGGAGGAGGGUUGAUUGACGGAAGUAUCUCCGUUGCUGAUUAUUUAUAUUCAAUGUAUUUUUAUUCUUAUCUGUUGUUUCUACACGAUGUUGAUGGCAGUUCAUGACAACACAACUACCGACCACUUCUGUUAAAGAUAUAAACCACAGCAACCUCCUAAUAGAUACAGAUAUAUUACUAACACAUUACCUAACACCGUGGGGGGCAUAGACGCGAUUACAGAUUUGGACGUGGGGGACGGCAGCAAAGCCGGGAGCCUCUUCAGAGGUGCGGCGCAGGUCGCGGAGAAGGAGGCCCCGCAACUAUAAAACCACCGUC